ACGCGGACAACCAGCCGGGGGUGCUGAUCCAGGCGAGUCUUCGAAGGGGAACGUUCGAUGACGCGCGACAACCGCCUCCUGGGGAAGUUCGAGCUGUCCGGGAUACCGCCGGCCCCGCGCGGCACUCCUCAGGUUGAGGUGUCGUUCGACGUCGACGCCAACGGCAUCCUCCAGGUGUCCGCGGAAGACAAGGCCUCCGGCAAGGUGCAGCAGAUCACCAUCACGUCGGAGAAGGGGAGGCUUUCGGACGAGGAGAUCGAGCGAAUGGUCAAGGAGGCGGAGGAGUUCGCGGAACAAGAUCGCCGAGAUCGGGCGAAGGUGGAGUCCAGGAACAACCUGGAGACCUACCUCUACAACUUGAAGGCGUCCUACGAGGACACCCUCAAGGACAAGAUGGCGGAGAACGACUUGGAGGAGCUCAAGAGCGCGGUUGAAGGUGGUCUGGAGUGGCUGGACUCGAACCCAGGCGCGGAGGAGGAAGACCUGGUGGACAAGCUCAAGGAGGUGGAGGGGGUGGCAAAUCCCAUCAUCGCUCGGGCGUACGAAUCGACCGGCGGGGGUGACGCAGAUGGCGGCUUCUCGCAGGGCGCUGAUGGGGGCGCAAGCGCGGCAGAGGAGGAGGAGCUGAACGCGGAGCCCCACGUGGAAGAGAUGGACUGAUCGUUGUUGACUGAAAUACAGCGCCCCAACACAUUUCUACGACCGUGCCGUGUUCUUCACUUGGCCAACCUUUCCCGGCGAGGCGGUAUGGGCUUGAUCGAGAUCGAUGACCGUAUGUCUAUCCCGUCGAUGCUGCUGCUGCUGUGCCGGCGGAAGAGUCGUUGACGUGAUGAUGAUAGAAGAGUGCCGUCCGUGGCCGUGUUGUGACAACUGAUGGAGGAGGAACACGGGGAACUUGGCUGCCGAUCCGCAGAGAAACUUGCCUCACUCGGAGGAGACAAGAUCGGAUUAUCGAGCGUAUUCCAUUCCUGAAGAGCCCGGGGUUGGGAGAACAGGAACUGCCCUCGACCUGGUUUCUGUCUCCGUUGAGAGUUGAACUAUUUUUUGUGGGUGGAUAGAGGGGUAACAGCUCGGCUUCGUGAGAACGGCGACACUCGUGUCUGUCUCCUUUGAGAGUUAAACUGUUGUGGGUGGAUAGAUGGAAGGGAUUCCUGUAAGUGUUAUCAUGAUGGGAUGGAUGGGAUUCCUGUACUGGACAUGGUACGGGACAGAAUCACGCACACCCCAUCGGACUACUUGGUUUUUGAUCGAGACGUCCAGAUGUAGGUUCAUGUGUGAUCUGACAACAAGUUGCGGACGUAGGAGUUUGGGAGGGUGUUUUUUGUGUUGGGCGAAGGGUGUGGAUCUGCAAGAGGUUUGUGCUCUCUUGCAACUGUAUUAUUACAACUUUUAGUCGUCAAAGUGUACCCGUGCCUACCUGGCUUCGUUCCGGACUGAACUUCACGCUGCAAAGCGAGUGUGGGGAACAUCUGCUCCCCUUGGCCAACGCCAAACGUACAAAUAGCAACGUCCAAUACUCCUGAAGGCUUGCUGGUACGGCUUUCGGGACGGGAAGAACAGUCCUUGCGCGAAGAGUUGAUGCGCGUCUACGGCACAACGGAAGCAACAGGUCUCCAAGCUUCCGCGGGAGGACUCCCUCGCCGAAACUCAUCUUCGGAGCACGCAGGAUAUGCAAUUGUUUGUUACCGCGAAAGGUACCCGUCCUCCUGCCCUGUGGCUGCGCGCCAUCAGGGCAGCAAUAGACGCCUAAAAUUGUCGAAAUACAUCCUUCUCAAAACGAAAAAACAAGGAAAGAAAAAUGGGAACACAACGGUCCUCGGUGCAUCACGAUGGGUGUUUUACAGAGUUUUUUUCUGCAACACGCAACGCUAUGCUCUUCUGCCAACAGCAGCAGCCUCACACACGUGUCGAAACACGAACAAGAGGGCAAAAAAACGACAGCUAACCUCAACGUUCACUUAUCGAUCCAUACACGGGCAGGCGUUGUUCACCAACCAACUGAGAAAAAGGCAGUGGCUCUUCGUCUCGUACAGCGUCUUCCCCUGAGUGCUUGCAACUAACUGCAUCAACGGGUCUCGAAUGAUGCAUGCAGAACGCGCCGCCUCCAAUUUGUGUCUUGUUUUUAGGGAAAACAAGCUACCUCAAAACCAGACCAACGACUACCGCCGGAUAACGCCCGCACUCAAGAACCUCUUCAGUUUUGGCCGAGGUUGAGGUUCUUAGUUCCUAGGGUCACGGUGCAAAUGGCCGCUCUAUGGAUUUUGUGCUUUUUUAGCUUCAUUUUUUUCAGUCGCCAAGUUCUUAAUACGGGCGCUAACUGUACCCCGACAUCGUCAACACGGACGACCAAGAUCGCCGCGAAACCGCCCAUCAAUACUUAUCAUCUCAUAUCUGCACGGCGACUCCCAACAUCAACCCUUCAUCAACAAACGGAGUCCAACAGCCGCUGCACCAUUGCUCAGUACCAAUACAUAACACGGGUUCCAACCCAACCAAAACUGGCCACAACCAACCAUAACCAAACCGGCUCAACCUCGACUCAACGCCAACAAACAGCCGCAAUCCCGACCCUCGAUCAAUAGGCAGGGCCUCAGCAUUGUGAGGAGGCCAGCCGCGGCACCUCCGCACCGAGAGAGGUCGCUAUCAAUGAAGGCAGCCGAAAGGCCCAACGAUGCUACCCAACAACGCUCCCCACACCCCGGCAGCACCGUCGAGUUUUAGUCCCACGUCCUAUUCACCCCAUAAACAUUACAAAUACAUCCGACGUCAUUAGCACGAACUGACCAAGGCCAACGGAAAAUCACCCCAACCUUUAACGUCUUGCUCCGCACGCGACUCUCAACGAAAAAAAAAAAAUACUACUCCCCUUUCCCCAUCCAAAGCCAACCAACUCCAAUCCCGAUCCCGACCCACCACCUCGCGCCCCAACCACCGAAACCUUCCACGGUACUGGACCCAUAAACCGUAGCACACAAGUACGACCGUUUGCAAGGUCUCUGUUUGUCUGCUCGACAAAAAGAAAAAAACGGUGCUCCCUUUCCCUUCCCGCCCCUUCCCCUUCCCUGUCUCCCGCGACACGUGGGUUGUGCGCGUGCCGGACCGGAACCUCCAUACAGUAGUUCGAGUGCGGCCACCCGUGUGGCAGAGCAGCGGCCCAACCCACCCUGAGCGCACUUACUUUUCACAAGGCCAGCCCAUCCCACAGUACUCUGAAAAACCAUCAAGACGCCGCCCGCUCCGCUCCCUCACAAGACGGCGCGUCCAUUGCAACCCAGGCCAUGAUAUGUACCACCUUUCGCGGAACGACACCCCGAUCUCCAUGGCGCCGGCCUCGGCGUCGUCGCCGUCGCAGUUCUUGCCCUUGCUGUUCUCCGUCAUACGAGCCGCGGCAACACGGAACAUUCCGUGCUGCCACGGUUAGUAUAACGGAGGCGCUCCACGCAGUCAACUAACUACGAACAGACUUGCGGGAAAAAUGGGAACGUAUCCAAAAAUGAGAAUUGGCGUUUUUCUUCAGAACCAUCGGGUGUAUCACAGAACCAAAAUUAUCCUGCGAAACCCCUUCGCCCCAGCUGUGAGAUGCUAUGGAAGAUGACAAUACAUAGAGCGCUCUAUAUAUUGUCAUCUUCCAUAGGUGAGAUGAGCUCAUCAGAACCGCCAUGCUCCACAUCACGCCUUCUCACGGGCGCAAAAAGCGAUUCGUGCUGGUUUCGACCUGAUUUCUCGCGAUGCUGGCUACCUCGGCGAUGCCGAGGACAUACAGCUUGAGGAACAGCUCAUUCGAAAGCUGCUGUAAAUACCUACAGCACUGUCAACUUUUUUGGGGGGAGUUGCAAAGGCGUGGUUUGCUUUCUAAAUACAAACGCCCAUUCCCAUUUUUGGAUACGUUCCCAUUUUUCCCGUAAGUCUGU